CACAGCUGACAGGUCUUCCUAUCGCCGGCCCUCAGCCUCGCCUGGCAGACAGUCCUUUUUCAGAUCAACGAGUCCUGCGCACGACGGACAGAGGGUUCGUAAUUCGCUGCACAAGCCACCACCUGCGUCUCGCCGUCUCGCAAAGGACGCAUUUGCAACAUACAUCGAAACCCCAUCUGAAUUUCAGGAAACCAUGCAAGGAUCAACCAGUGUGCCGCGCCGUCCCUCGAGGCAGAAUACCGAGACACUCCAAGACCUCUACAACCCCGAUGUUGCUGCUUACAGUGACGACAAAUUCGGAAAUCUUGAUCGGAGAUCAUCGCUCCCGGCGCUCCCUCAAAGCUCCGAUCAGCAAUUCUUCGCUGAUGCGAGUGAACCAUUGCCGCCAAUCGAGCAUCCCCCGCCUGUGGCUCGUUCCCGGUCCCGUAGCGGGACCACCACUCAAAAACCAAAGAAAGGAGUUCUUUCAUUCAUGACCGAGUUUUUGGGUACGGCGAAGAAACCCGAGAUCAGUACCCCCUAUGAUCCUGUGCACCUUACUCAUGUCGGCUUCAACUCGUCAACUGGAGAGUUCACUGGCCUGCCAAAGGAAUGGCAACAACUUCUACAAGAGUCUGGUAUUUCUCGUUUGGAGCAGGAACGUAACCCUCAAGCUGUGAUGGAAAUCGUCAAGUUCUAUCAAGAAGGUCACGGAGAAGUCUGGGACAAAAUGGGACAUGUUCAUGGUGAAGUCGACGAAGCUCUCGCCAGGAAGAUGAAUGAAGCGAAGUUGCCAAUGCCUGAUUUAGGCCAAGGCUUCGUAAAUCCUCGCCCACCUCCACCACCUCCAACGAAGAAAAUAUCUGUGCCACCACCAGUUUCAAAAGAUACCCCAUCCUCGGCGACGUCGCCAUACCCUUCGCGCCCGGCCCCCGCUCCUCCUGCUUUAGAUCGAUCCACGUCCGCUCGUACACCCCAAACGCCUUCACGAAGUCGAGAAACGGGUGAUGAUAUCACCCCAUCCCGCUCCAUCUCGCAACGCGACGCCUCUCGUCUAUAUCAAACCAAAAAAUCCCCUUCUCCUGCCAGCUCUUCUCUCACUCUCGUUCAGACCGCACUCUCCCCAAAUAACCCGUACGCGGCUCCAGGGGAUAACAUAGUUUCUGGUACUACAAUUGCGUCUCCAAGCACCCCUGUCGGCAGCAAAGAACUGCUGGCGCGUGAUCGCUCUGAGCGGCGUGCUCCAGCCCCCCCAGGUACUGCUGCUCAGCAACUUGCGAAGACGGCUGGCGCCGCUACUCCCAGAAGGCGGGAGAAGAAAGACAAAGCCAGCGAAAUUGAUAUUGUCAAACGGCUCCAAGCAAUAUGCAGCGAGGGGGAUCCUACAAGACAGUACCGCAAUCUGGUGAAGAUUGGCCAGGGGGCUUCAGGUGGCGUUUAUACGGCGUAUCAAGUUGGCACGAACCUUUCAGUUGCUAUCAAGCAGAUGGAUUUGGACAAGCAACCGAAAAAGGAUCUCAUCAUUAACGAAAUCCUCGUCAUGCGUUCAAGUCGUCAUCCUAACAUUGUCAAUUAUAUCGAUUCCUUCUUGUAUAAGAACGACCUCUGGGUAAUAAUGGAGUACAUGGAGGGAGGUAGUCUAACUGAUGUCGUCACUGCGAACUUGAUGACAGAGGGGCAGAUUGCUGCUGUGUCGCGAGAGACGUGUCAAGGUCUCGAGCAUCUCCAUCGACAUGGUGUCAUUCAUCGGGACAUCAAGAGCGAUAACGUCCUAUUGAGCAUGCAGGGAGAUAUUAAGCUCACCGAUUUUGGGUUCUGUGCUCAAAUUUCUGAUCCUUUACAUUCGAAGCGUACGACCAUGGUUGGAACGCCAUACUGGAUGGCCCCCGAAGUCGUCACUCGUAAGGAAUAUGGUGCAAAGGUUGACAUUUGGAGUUUAGGAAUUAUGGCCAUAGAAAUGGUUGAAGGGGAACCGCCGUAUCUCAAUCAGAACCCACUGAAGGCUUUAUACCUGAUUGCAACCAACGGGACACCAAAGAUCAACAACCCGGAGGCAUUGUCGGCUAUUUUCAAGGACUAUUUGGCAAAGACCCUUGAAGUCGAUGUUGAAAAGCGACCAGAUGCUGCUGCAUUGCUUCAGCAUCCGUUCUUCCAGAAGGCAGAGCCACUGCGGACGCUGUCGCCGCUAAUCAAGGCUGCUCGCGAAAUGGCGAAGAAAUGAACGACCAUUCUAUCGCACUUUUCCCUCACCAUUUAUGUCCCUCUUUGUUGUUUCUGUUCCCCGCCCUUAUAUGCGUCAGGACUAAUUCACUAUUUUUACGUGAUUCUCGGGGCGUUCGCUUUGUCGUUACCAUUCAUGUUUUUUUUUUUCUCAGCACUCGUUCUACCUGUCACAAUGUUCACGCAGUUAGCCUUACUUACUUCAGCAUUUCGUUGAUUUUUUUUUACUUUUCUUUCUCUUCAACAU